AUGUGCGAUUUUGAUUACGAGAAGCUGUUCAGUCUGCGGCAGGAUGAUGACCUUGAGCUCCUACGCAUUACAGAGGACCUUCAGCGGCAAAUGAUGGUUAUAGAUGACGAUGACGAUGAGGAUAUGAAUAAAAAGAGUCUCGCUGCGGCAAAUUCGCCAAUAUUGGGCUCGGCAGUAGGCAACGCAACGGGUGACAACAACAAAAGUAGCGCCACUGAGUUGCGAAGCGGGCAAGGCGCGAAGGGAUUGUCAAAUGCAACCAUUACGCCUCCCCGCAACCCCCCGAGGACGUCUCGUUUGAUGGAACCAAUAGAGGGGCAAAGCUUUUCUAGCAGCCACUCCAGGGGACAUCCACAACUGACAUCAAGUGGCCCACAGACACCCACUCAAACUUCAAACGAAAAUUCUAAUCCUCGUUUGCCAGUGCUUACGGUUGCGCCGGCCCCACCUAGUGAACUUAGCGGUCUGAAGAUGGCGCCGGCUUUGGUGCAGGACGCGGUUCCCAAGCCAUUGCCGCCGUAUUCGCAUCAAGAAGAAUGCCCUCCGCCAUACGGAUGGGUGGGCGGCGUUCCGGCGAAGCAGCCGCCCGGGGUGACGUCGAUGCCUCAAAACCAUCAAACUGUUCCAGCACAAAAUCUCCGUCCAGGGCCUACUGCUCAUUCAAUUCCCCAGUUGCCGUACGCCACAUAUGGCUCAAAUGCCCAGAUCUUGCCACCGAAUGGUUUCCCUGCAGGUUUACAAUCACGGCCAAUGGUAUUGCAACCACAGUCUCAGUCUCAGCCUCAGUCUCAGCCUCAGCCGCAACAGCAAAUGCAACCGCAAAUGCAGCCGCAACUGCAGCCGCAGCCGCAGACGCAGCCGCAACCGCAGCCACAGCCACAGCCGCAACUACAACUGCAAACGCAACCGGUGGCAAAUGGUGCCAUGGUACAGCCGCUUAACGUGAACCAACAGCCACCAGUUCUCCCACAAUCCCUUUCGCAUUCGUUAGAGUCUUCAGUCCAGCAAGAUCAGCAUCAGUCACAGUCUCAGACGCAACAUGUGACGGGAACUCUUCCGCCAGGUUAUGCACAGGUAUUAGUCCCUGUUCGAACCGCUGAUGGAACAACGGGCUACCAGUUAAUGAUGCUUUCUACACAGCAUAUUUCCCAGGGAGCCGGCAGCUUCUCUCCCACGCUUGUCCAAGCCCAAACGGAGCAACAGCAAUUACAACAACAGCCACGGCCCCAUCCACAGCCACAGCCACAGCCGCAACAAUCACAACAAUCACAGCAACAGCAGCAGCAACAGCAGCACCAACAGCAACAGCAACAGCAACAGCAACAGCAGCUCCAAGCAAUGUUGCAAUAUAUGUGGCAGCCACCAUCACAGGCGCAGAGUCAACAUCAGUAUGUGUCCCAACAACCGCAACCGCAACCGCAACCGCAACCGCAGCAGCAGCAACAACAGCAACAACCAGGCUCCAUACCACAGCAGUUUUUAACGCCACAAUACGCUAACAUUGCCUCGGCGCCGCAGCGUUAUGCGCUUGUUUCUGCUAACGGUCAACAGCAGUAUCUUAUGGCUUUGACUCUUAAUCCGCUCCAACAGGUUCACCAGCAACAGCAACAUCAGCAGCAGCAACAUCUUCAACAGCAAGCUCAACAGCAGCAACUUCAGCAGCAGUCUCAUCAGUUUCAGCAGCAACUGCACUCUGCAAGACCUGUAUAUCUUACGAGUCAACAGCCGCAACAGGUGUUUACCACCUCGAUGAUUUCUUCCGGAAUGCCUCCUGGGUACCGGUUUAAUUAA